AUGUCCAUCCUCACUCCCGGAAGUAGAUGUACCAUAUGUCCUUUAGUCGAUUUCCUUCCAUUUGAAUGUCCAGAAUGUUCCCUGAUAUAUUGCGGUAAUCAUAUUCAUUCUCAUGGAUGUAUCGAUUCAAUUCUUUCAGCGUCUACUUCAUCUCAUCGACCAGGCAGGCUUGAAAGGGGGAAAAGGAUUUGUGACGUAAAAGAAUGUGAGAGGGAAAGUAUAGAAUCGAUUUCUGGUAUAGGUGGGAAAGAAUCCAUCGCUAAAGAAAUUAGAUGUCAGUGGUGCAAUGGUGCAUACUGUGUAGAGCAUCGGUCACAAGUAUCGCAUUCAUGUACUUCACCUUUGGAUCACAAUGUCCGUCAUGAUGCAUUUCUUGAUCGUCGAUCAAAAGCAAGGGAAUUGAUAUCAAAACAGUUCCCUGAACAUUCGACUAGAACGAUACCCAAACCACCGCCUCCAAAAGAUACUGUCAACACUAAAAGCAAAAUACCAUCUAAAAGCAAAAUACCAUCUAAUCAGCUCCCCUCAACUUCCACUGCUAAAGGUGAAUCGAGCAAUCCAGUAGAUCAAGCAGUAGCUGCAAGUACGACAACGCCGCAGACUACCAAGAAGAGUAAGACAGAGAAGCUAUGGGAUAUACAUUGUAAAAAAGUGAGAAUGACAUCUGAACCAUUAGUCAAAGGAGCCAAACCGAAUGGAGAAAGAAGUUUCUUCGAAUGGAUGAUAGAUUUAGAUCAAAACAAAGUAAAAAGGUGGAAAGAAAACGGGAGAUGGGAUGGGAAAGUGGAAAGGGGUUGGGUAGCACAUGAUAUGCCUGUAGGGAGGAUAUUGGAUUUACUGAUUGAAAGAGGGAAAGUGAAAAGGCCGGCAGUGGGAGAGACAGAUCAGUCCCUCAAUCUUCUCUCACUUUACCCAGUUCCAGAUGGAGAAAGAUCAAUCACAAAAUUGGAAUUAUCGAAACCUGCUCACGUCCAAAUCCCAGAAGGUAGUUUAGUAGUCUUAACACGAGGUGAAUGGUCUGACUGA